AUAGUAGCCCCAAGGAUCCCAGAUAUCAUGAAUCAUUAUUCAACAUGGAUAUAAUUUCAAUACCCAGUGCUAUGCGGGAUCAUUAGGAUGUCCCGACCUUAACCCCUACUUUAUUCAUUUAAAAUUGAAUUUAAAAUGUUAAUGUUUAAAAUGUUAACUUCGGAGUAGAGACGUCCCAAUGAUACCGGAUAGCACGGACCAAUCGCAAUUGCUUCUUCCCUCCUCCUCAAACCACAUUGGAUAAGAGAGCCAGAAGUCCUGCCCCUCCGACCUACUCCUCCAAUGGGUUUUGAGGAGGCGAGGAGAAUGUAAUUGAGAUUUCCCCAUUGAGUCCAUGAGCAGGCUUGUGUGUGACUUUGGUAGAGGUAGUUUUUGAACUAAAACUUCACUGUUGACCGAGGAGAAUGUAAAUUCUAAGCAUGUAGUAAUGAUUUACCACUGCUGUUUUAACCGUGGUUUUGUACGAAACCAUUCGUUUGGUUCAUGUGCCGGUUGAACAGUGUUUAGCGGAAAAGUAAGUCAGCUUCGCUAGCUAGGUAAAGUUAGCUGGUUAUCGGAGAUUCGAUGUCGUUUGCUGGUUGUUACAUUGAGCUGUUGCGAUAUUCAUAACGUUGACAUGUGGUGUUACUAUGUGGCCGUUGUAUAAGCUAUAUUUGCAACUUCUCAUCCUAGCUUACUUUCAUCCGGAAAUAGUCAACCGAGAAGUGAACGUGCAUAUCUUAUAGUUAUAGCUAGUUGAACUAGCUAGAAGUGUGCAGUAGUACAGAAUGCUGCUCUCCCUGGUUGUGCACACAUACUCGUUGCGGUACUGGUUUCCUGCAGUGGUAAUGCUAGGCACAGCUCCGGUUUAUGUGCUGUCAUGGGGUGCAUGUCGUGUGCUUACCGCUGUCCUCCCAUCAAGACUAUACCGCAGGAUGGACGACCACCUCUAUAACAUAUACCAGAGCCUCGUCCUAUUUUUCUUCGAAAACUAUACCGGGGUGGAGAUUGUUAUUUAUGGAGACGUGCCAAAGAAAAAAGAGAAUGUAGUCUACCUUUCCAACCAUCAAUGCACAGCAGACUGGAUCAUUGCUGACAUGUUAGCCAUUAGGCAGAAAGCACUUGGCCAUGUGAGAUACGUCCUAAAAGAUGGGCUGAAAUGGCUCCCAUUAUACGGAUGGUAUUUCUCUCAGCAUGGAGGUGUCUACGUGAAGCGAAGCGCAAAGUUUGACGAGAAGGCAAUGAAAAAGAAGCUCUCGUCACAAACAGUGUUGGGAACACCAAUGUAUCUUGUCAUCUUCCCAGAAGGAACCCGAUACAACCCUGAACUCAAGAAGAUGAUCAGCGACAGUCAGGAUUUUGCCACUAAAGAAGGGCUGGCUGCCUUAGACCAUGUUCUGACCCCAAGAAUGAAAGCCUCUCACGUUGCCAUAGAGACCAUGAGGGAUCACCUGGAUGCUGUUUAUGAUAUCACCGUUGUGUAUGAGGCAACACGGGGCAAAAGCAGUGAUAGACAACCUGCCCCAACCAUGCCAGAAUUCCUGUGUAAGGAAUCUCCAAGAGUUCACAUCCACUUUGAACGUGUGGACAUGAAGGAAAUUCCUCUGGAGUCUGUGUUUUUCCGUGGGUGGCUGCACAAGCGAUUUGAGAUCAAGGACCAGAUGUUGACUACUUUCUAUGAGUCUGAGGAUCCAGACAAAAAAGGCAAAUUCCCUGGAGAAGGUCAAAGGUCCCAUCUGAGUAUUAUGAAGACGUUGCCAUCGCUGCUAUUUUUGGGGGGGCUAACACUGCCAAUGCUGAUGACGGGAAACUCGUCUGGCAGGAAACUCUAUGUCCGAACCUGGGUGUAUGGGACUCUGUUGGGAUGGCUCUGGGUGAAUGUUAGUCCAUAGGAAGCUUGUGGUGGUCAUCAUGCCAUUUGCUCUGGGUAUGGAAAGACCUUGCCCUUUCACUCACCCAUCAAGCAGGUGAGUGUGGGUUUUUUUCUUCAAACAAAGCACUUGUUAAGGUUUAUGGGCUUCUACAAUUCUGUCCAAAUGUAUGGCUCAUUUCCUAACUAAACAGCUGUAAGAGAGAUUGGGAGAGAGAAGCAGUUUUGUUUCUUGUGCUGCUUGUUUCUUGCUCUAUUGUUGUGUGCAUCAGAACUUGCAUCCAGAUAAGGUGAGAAAAAUAUAAAUGGGGGAUGUUGAAAUGAGGCAUAUUUCUUUCUUGAAUUUCCCCCUUUAUCUCAGCCAUAAAGUAUGACUCGAUAGAUGUCUUCCCUAAACCCUUUAGGCCUGUUACAUAAUAAAUGUAGCCAAUUCUGUACUUUUGCAUGUCCAGUGUCCAGCAUCCCUUUUCAACAUGAUGUAAUCUUUCAUUAGUUGACUAGAGUUAAGAGUUCAGCUCUAUGUUUGAGAUGUUAUGCUGCGCUCAUGUGCUCUUGGAAUUAUUGACAUCUCGGGACAGAGAAACUCCCCAAAAGCUCCCAGAAUGUUCAGAACUGAGUUUACAACAUCCAAAAACGUUCUUUGAGUUUCCAAGUAGUAAAUAGGAGUGAGGAGUUCACAUGUAACAAUAACAUAUAUCAUACUCUGAGUCUGAGCUUCCCAGUAAGCUAGCUUCGAGUUUUCUAUUCUAAGAAGCAUGUGAACCCAGCAUUAGAGAACAGAUUUAAUAUUCAGUACUCAUUCAAAAAAAGAGUGAUUAGUGUUUAUCCAAUUGAUUGAUAUGUUCAUGAGGGUGAUGUAGGGUUUAGGUCUUUAGUGAUGGUUACUUAGCCAUACAUGUUUAAUGUUCUCUUUUUUUAAUGCCAGGUGUCUGCUGUAUUUGUUUUACUUGUUUGAGUUGUUGCAAAAGUUUCACAAAUUGUUGCCAAACUACAUACAAGUGCAGGGGUAUCGAAUAGGUAUUUUAGGUGGAGCAACACGUCUGCAAUCAGGUCAAUGUCCUGUCUGCUCUACCUGAAGAACCAAUAUUGUAUUGUCUUUUGUAGUUGACCUAAAGUUUGCAAGUGUACUACAUUUUCAUUAGAUUUUCUAAAACUAAUUCUGUUGGUACAGCUUGUUAUUCAGAGGAAAUUUUGUGUACACUGCCUUUAUGCCAUGUUAUAGAUUACACAAGGGGUAUGGAUAGCUAUGUAUUGAGAAGGCCAACUGUAGAGGAUCCCUAUAUAGAAUUAAUAUUUCUUUGUAUACAAAGCCAACUGCAUAAUAUGCAUCACUAUAACAAAAAAAUACUAUGCCCAUUGUUUUUCAUAAUAUAAACAUUACUUUUUCCACUGUCACUUUACAUGAUGCUAUUCUUAGCUUAUUUAUUAAAGGACUCUUCCGAUAAGGAUUUAAUUAGGCAGUGGUAAUAGCAACUGCCACGCCAAGGCCUCGCUUACUUAUCCUUCCUUUAAUAACAAUGUGUAACGACAAAACAGUUAAAACGUUACUUCAUUCAAUUUGUUUAAUUCUGUCAAUUUGAUUAAAAAAGCAAACAAGCUGAUUGUAAAUAAUAAAACAAUUCUUGUAGAAACUAUUGUGCCAAUUGUCCACCUUCUGUAGGAGUUAGUCAGUCCUUGGCUUCACUUCUACUGAGGACGGCAUGUAAUGACUGCACUGGGACUCCCUCUACUGGACAGCACUUGAACUGUUCUGCACACCACAGUUUAUUGGUCUGUCUUCAGUUUUUUUAGUUUAUUUUAUUUAACCUUUAUUUAACUAGGCAAGUCAGUUAAGAAACAAUUCUUAUUUACAUUAAUGGCCUACCUGGGUGACACUGGGCCAAUUGUGCGCUGCUCUAUGGGACUCCCAAUCAUGACCGGUUGUGAUACACCCUGGAAUUGAACUAGGGUCUUUAGUGACGCAGUGCCUUAGACCGCAGCGCCACAGUUCAUGAGCUUUUGGUGGGCAGUAGUAUAUGCUGGAAUAUUUUUGUUUUAAAGCACUUGAUUUUGAGAAACUUGUGGAAUUUCUAAAGUAAUGUUUUAAUAUUUGAAAUGUUUUGUGGUAAAUAAAGUACCUCUUGGUGUUUCGUCAAGCUAAGAGGAGUUUUAUUUUUAUGUCCAUGUCUUUUUCAUACACUGGCAUAAAGCUUCAAGUCUCUAUUUUAUUCUGUUAUUACUUGACAGCAUGAUAAUGUAUCAUGCUUUUGUAUAUCACUGGUCAAAAAAUAAAUCCUGGCUACCAAACGCACCCACAUGCAGUGCUGUUUGAAAUGUCUACCAAAUGGCUUUGUAUAAAAAGUUCAGAAUCACAAAUGUUACUAUUCAGCUCGGUUCCAAUGGUAUAUUGUUCAUUUUGAAGUUUGUUUCAAGUCUACUUUGAAAUUCAGGUAUUUUCUUUAAAAUUGUCAAAUGUGUUUAUUUUCUGAUAUGUACAUGGAUAGACUGUAUUGCUGAAAAUGUUGUAGUACUGGGACUUCUACCGCUGCCAUCGCUACAGAUAAAACAUUCCUAAAAAAAAUAUGGAAUGAAAUUUGAAGGCUCUGAAGUUUAUGAUCUUUGCAUGUUGAUUGAAUAGAUUUUUAUUUUUUAUGUUAAUUUCACAAUGUCCCUCUAAAACUAUCUAAUGCGCUGCUUAAAACGUUCAGAAGAUUGUGCUGCUCUUAUGCCUGACCUUUAAUACUUGUUAAUGCAGUGCAGCCAAAGAGACAUACUUAUGUACUUCGACCUUAUGUACUCACCUUUACCCUAUAGCACAUAACUGAACCUGAUCAGAAACCAUAAACUUGUUCAGUGAUGAUUCAAACAUGCUUGUGUUCAUUUGUGUUUUUGAGAGUUUAGUAAUAAAGGAAUGACAUUCAAAAUAA